AUGGAACAAUCGAGCGAUGUUCAAAGUAUUGAAUUAGUAUCGGUGAAAAGAAGUUUCAUCAAAGCUCAUCUUGAUUAUCUUCAAAAAUUUAAUCUAUACAAUUCAAAAUCCAAUGAUAUUGACACAAUACACAGAGAAAGAUUAUCUACUCGUCUCUUUGUUUGUUCAUUAUUUAUACUUAUGUCUAGUACAAUUAUCUAUACCGCACUUUUAUCAAGUACAAUUAAUGUUACAGUUUAUAAUCCUUCAGAAAACAAGUUCAGAGAGAUCUAUGAAAAAUAUCCUAAUACUUAUACAUGUCCUUGUUCUCAUGUUAGCGUACAAUACAAUAAAUUCGCUCAUUUUCAAAUUACUUUCCAUGAAGUUUGCAAAAGUGAAUUUAUCUCACAAGAAUGGAUCGAUACGUCUUAUAGUGCUAAUGUUUCAUUUAUUCCACCAAAUGAUAUUCGUACAAUAUUAAGUCAUUUUUGGACUUUCGUUCGUUCAUUUUGUGCUUUGGCCAAUGUCAAUGUUAUUGAUGCAUCCAAUCAAUUCAACUCAACUAAUUUAGUGAGUCGCUUUGUACAACCUCAACAUUUAAUUGAGACAAAAGCCAAUGCAACUCUUGCUUUGGCACUCAACUCCACAUUAAAUAAUCUUAAGCGAAAUCUACUUCUUACACGUGAAAUAAUUUUAAGUAAUGGACUCCUAUCAAGUCUAGCUACCAACUUUUUCUUUUACAUCAGCUUUUUAGAACAAUCACCCUUUUACUCAUCAAUUGAUAUAGGUAUAAAUGCUACAUCUUUUCCAGAUGGUUGUUCUUGUGAGAAAUCCAAUGGAUGUUCUCGUUCAGCUGUUAUUUUUGAGUCCAAUGCAACAUCACAUUCGAUAAAAGUACCAGGCAUGAUGUUUGAUUGUUUACCGUUAGAUGGUGCAUUGGCUUCAUCUCUUAAAUGUUUUUAUGAUUCAUCAUGUUUAUCAUUGAUUCAAAAUGUAUCACUGACUAAUAUGAGACCAUCACUACUUAGUAAUCACAGCCGUUUCAAACAUAAUACUACUUUAAUGACACUUGUAGAUGAACUGAUGAUUGAAGAAUUGAUCAUGACGGUAGUAUUUUCAUCUUACUAUUCAAUUUGUAACCCUAAGUAUUGCACUUAUUCAUAUACUCAUAAAUUCGAUAUACUUUUUAUGAUUACAUUUACUACUGGUGCAUUUGGUGGUGUUUCAAUUCUAUUAAGGUUCAUAGCUCCAUUGAUGAUCAAACUAAUAUUUAAGAUACAUUCAAUGAAAAGAAGAAAUAAUUCGAUUAAUGUCAAUAAUUCAAAUCAAUUUAAUCUUUCAUGUAAGUCCUUUUAA